GGAAAACCACACAAAGAAGACUGUAAACGGAAGUGAACACAAGAACAAUUUCUGUUUGCGUUUUUGUUGUUAUUUAGAUGUUUAUUAACACCCUGGAAUUCAAAAUAUUAAUAAUUUAACUUUAUAGCAUCACAUACUUACGACAUGUAGUCUUUAAUUCGCGUUGGAGACAGGACUUGGUUGAUAAGUGUUAUCUAGGUUACGCUAGCUGGCUGCUAACGUUAGCUUACAAUGGCUAACUGUAUGGUUUUUCACACUCAAAUAGCCUCCAUUAUGGAGGUGCUAGCGAAUGCAGCCGUGUCAGAGAUCUGUAAACUCGUAGACGACGACUAUGCAGUGUUUCGUUUGGAAAUAACUCAAAGCCAGAAAGAAAACAGGGCAUUGCGGAGGAGACUACAGCUACUAGAACUGAAGGUGGCACGGGAGCGUGUCCUCGCCAUUCGACCCAGUAGUGUCAAAAUCCUCGAUAAAUACAGAGGAAUGGCAAGAGGUGAAGGACAUCUCACCGGAGGCCACAGGAGCUUUGUGAAACCAGCGGGACACAAUACAUGGAGAGAUGACCAACCAAUCACUGUUGAUGAGGGGAGUGGAACCUCAACCCAGCAUGUUAUCGUGAUAGAGUCUGCAGAUGCAGAGCCUGCAGGUCCUGGGGUCAAGCUGGAGAGGUCUGACGGAGAGGAGGACCUACGGCACAGCAGAGACAUCCAGACUGGUGCGGCUAGAGAGCCCCCUGUAGCCACAGAGGUCCCCACCACUGCCUCAGUGCGGCCCAGGACCCGACGAAGCAUCACGGAGGAGGAGGAGGGUCUGGGGAACCCUGAGGGGACCAUGGUCAUGGAGGACAACCAGACUACACCUCCUCCAGAACCCACAGAGGAACCAGCUGAGCAACACAGGACCACACACAGUAUCACUGAGUCAGUAGACAUGGAGGAUGGGAAGCCUGAUCUGCUGUUAGUCAAAGAGGAGACAAUAGAAGACGGACCAGAGAGCAUUGAUCUGCAGAGUGAACUAAAGAUGGGGGAGCAAGGUGGUUGGCUGGAGGCUAACAGAGAUUGGGCGGUCAUCUUGGAUUCCCAGAACCAGACGGGUGCAGUUAAGGGCCCAGGGGACAACAUCACCAAGCAGGCCAGGACCAGAGGCGACAUAGUGGAGUCUGCAGUCCAUGAUGACCUUCUGAUAUCCGGUGUUGCUGGUGGAAGAGACUGGACCUCUGAGGCGGCUGGUCACAAACCCUGGCCCUGGAUCAGAACCCUGGAUCAGGAGCCAUUGCUCUUCCUUCCCGAUUCGAAACCAGGACCCAAACACGAGGAACAGAGACUCCACCACCACAUAGAACACAACCAGUGGACAGGUGGACUGAACAACCUCAGUCCUGGUGGUCAUCAGAGAGACAGAGGCUCCAGUCAGGGAUCCAGUCUGCAGCCCAGACCCUUCUCUUCACAGUCUCAGUGCAGGGAUGGAGCAGGGCCUGGGGCUGAUAGAGAUAAACCCUCCUGUUCCUAUGAUACAAACACCACAGUAUCCAUGAUGAACAGAGCAGGUCACCCUGGGCUUCAGCCUUCAGAGAGAGUGGUGGGAGACCCAUCUGGUGGUAGUCUAUCAGCAAGUCUGUCUUCUCCUUCAGGGUCUCAUCUAAUGCCUGGUGACUGGGUUCAUAGAAGGUCUGGACCUGGGUCUAGCCUUCCUCAGUUACCUCAGGUUUACCCCACCAAUACAGACACGGUCAGGAUGGGCAUUCACCACAGGAGGUACCUAGCCUACAACACAGAACACAAUCCCAACAACACCCAAACAAUGGCUAGAGGUCAAGGAGGGAGCUCAAAGACUAACCACCUGACGGUGGUGGCUCCUGCGUCUCCCUCCUCUGGUGUUAUUGGCUCACAACGUGGGAGGCCAAGCGUUAGGUCGGAUGCAGACAAGCCGCAUGCAUGCCCCACAUGUGGGAAGCGUUUCACUGAGGCAAACUAUGUGAAGAGGCACCAGACCGUUCACACCAAGGAGAGGCCCUUCAAGUGCAAACUGUGUUACAAGAGCUUUGCCUUCCUGAGUAACCUUAUCAGACAUAGGAGUGUUCACAAUGAGAAGAAAUCGUAGCAGUGUGGCUUGAGAUGUAUAAAAGGGGAUAUCUGGGAACCAUUUUUUAGCUGACAUAAUAUAAUUAUCAUGUGAAGUGUCAUGGAGGUUAAUUAAUCACAUACCCCUCAACCCUUUGUUAACUGUAUCACCUGUUUUUAGAGAGACAGUAAACCUAGGCAAGAACAAGGACAGUUGAAUAUUUACCUUACUGAGGUGAUGUAGAUGGGAUAAAGUCGUUCUAUUAUUUUCUACUCUAUUCUUGCUAACACACUGUUCUUUCUAAACAAGUCUGCUCUCAGCUUGAAAUAUACUGAUCAUAGGAGAUUUGAUGUGAGAUGUAAUAAGCAGUACCGUAUUUCAAAGAAUAGUGCGCAUACCUUUUUCGUUUAACCACCCCCUUUGAGCUAUGACGCCAGCCAAAAAAGACCCUCUUCUUCAGUGUAAACGGAAUCGCUGUGUGUAUUAACUGUAGGGGUAGCCAUGUUGCUGGAGAUCAGAAGUGUCCAGUGAGAGAAUGGCAGGUUGAGGUUGCCAGAGUCAGUGUAGUACAGAAGGUGUCGUAUGCUAAGGUAGUGAAGAGAGUAGUAGAGGAAGAUCCAAAGAGGUUCCCUAUGAGUAGGCCGAAGUUAAUAGAGAAUCAAUAGAGAGUGAUAGGAAUAACUUGUGCUUCAGUUAGCUUGGCUUCUUAGUGUUUAUUGAAAUGGAAUCUAAAUCACAGAAAAUAUAUUUUGUGUCAGCUGCAGAGAAGAAGUUUACGUGAUUUUACUGCAGAAGAUUUACAAGGUGUGUUGAACGAUAGUGUCCCGUCCUCCCAGGCAGCCGGUCUGGUAUAGAAUCAGAUGGGGCCAAAGUGGUGGAAUAGUGAAGUUUAUUGGUUUUAGGUUAUUUAUUUUCAUUUUAUUUAUAAAUAUGAAGUUUAAUUUUUUUUUAUUAUUAAACAGUAACAUACAAAAAAACAGAACAGCCAGAGGGAUUACACAAAUAAAUAAUGAUACAAAUCCACAUUAUAUCAAAUCAAAUACAGACAUGUACCGAAUAUAUUGACAUUUUGUUUGGCAUACGUUUGAAUGAUUCUAAAUAUUUUUCCAAGUCAGAUUUUUAACAAUUGGCCUUUUUCUUCAUAAAUGUUGAAUUUGUAUGAAAAAUAUUCCUAAUAAAAUAGAGAUUUAUGACAUACUGACGUUCAAUUGUGGAAUCAGUGUAGUAAAAUAAUGUCAAACUUAGAUAUUUCAAUGGUUGUAUGCAUUUUGUUGCCAAGAUAUAGUUUUACAUCAGUCCAGAACACCUCACUAUGUAAACAAUUACUAAAAAAGUGUUCAAUAUAUUCAGUUUAUUGUUCACAGAAACUGCAUUCAAUGGUAACAUUAGGUAUAUAUUUAGAAAUCAGGCUAUUACAUGGGUAGAAUCUAUGGAUAAUCUUAAAGGAGAUCACCUUUACUUUAUUGGUCACCAUAAAUUUGUGUGGAGUGAGCCAAGUACGGCGCCAGUUUACAUCAAACGAUGAAGCCCAACAAAAUAUAGCAAGAAGGAAUAGAUUUCCUGUAGAAAAUAUCCCUUAAUAAAUGAUUGUUGAAUUUCUUAUCUAGUGAACUUAUGCCAUUCACCUGGAUAUUGCUUACAAUAGAUGUUUCAAAAUAUGCAUUAUUCUGAAGUAAAGAUUUUAUCCCACUAGGUAUAGCUUUUA